AUGCAACAAGAACAGCAUGACAGUACUUCCUUAGAUGAUACUUGGACAAUAUCGGAUUUAUCUUCUCAUCACGGUGUAGGCUCACUGAGAAAUUCUUUAUCGGAAUCAAUAUCCAAGAAGAAGUUGAUUGAACGACCAGUUUUUUCUCCGAUUUCAUCAAUGGAUUCGGGAUCAGACAAAGAUGAAGACAUCAACAGCAAACCAGUGAAGCCUUUCCUCAAAAGAGCCACCGGUGGAUAUAAAGAGGUCACGGUGAUCAAGCCUCAACAGCAUCAAUUAACAUCUGUCAACAUAACUAAUAACAACCCAAUGACGUCACCUUCAAUAUCAACCACACCCAUAAUUGUUAAAAGUACACCAGCAAGUCCAAACAAACUUUCCAACAGCGCUACCACCAAGAACUCAAACCUUACAGGAACGUCUCGCAAAAAAAAUGAUGCAUCACCAAUUCUUUCUUUAUCAGAUGAAAUCACGAAAUCACAAACUAUGGGCCCAGAGCUUUAUUCAAUUCCGAAAUCAAAUUUGCAAGGAUUAGCAACAGCAAAUCAUUUGAGAGGAUAUGAAAUUGCUCCUCCGAAAGUCGUUACUCACAUGGAUUUUUUGGAAUUUAAAAAAUUUCAGCAAAGAAAAAGAGAGUUUGAAAUUGUUCCCGAGUCAAACAAGAAGAAAAAAGAUGAGGAUCAAAAAAAAGAAAUGAAAAUUCCUGAAGCUCUUUACACAUACCUUGCUCCCAAUACUCCUCCGAAGAAGGAAAUUCCUGUUAAAACAGAAAAAGAUGAAGGACCACAUUAUCUGGAAAAAAUACCAUCCAAGCCAACAAGGUCACAAUCUGUUGAAACAAAACUAGAAAUCAAUGAUAAUACAAGAAAAAUUCGAGGAAGGAGGAUGGAUGAAAAAGUUCUUCAGGUAACACCUUCUACUCCUCCAAUUGUUGCCAACUCUUCAUCAACAAUAGAUUCCAGAAGUAGUGGUGGAAUGGGUAAAGCAGAAAAACAAAAAGAGCCUCUUGAUAGAAAUACAUUACAAAAAUCAAUUGAAAAGGUAACAACUAUAACCAAUAAUACUGGAUCAUCAAAUUUAGGAGCUCUCAAAAAUAUGGAAAACGCAAUUAAAGACAGCGAACAAAAACUCACCACCUUCCAAAAGAUGUUGGAUAAAUUACUCGAGCAAAAGGAGAGGGAAUACGAAAAUAUAUUAUCCAAGACAACAAAUCAAGUUUCAUCUACCAUUACUAAUUCAAUGUCGAAAAUGGGGAUAGAUAUUCGAACUUUUUACAAACAAUUUGAAAAGCUUCAGAGAGUAACUUCAGAAAUUACCACCAAGUUUGGAAAGCAGUUGUCUGACGAUCAAAAAAAAUCGCAAACUCUUCUUAAUAAGCAAAUGAAGCAAAUUGAAGACAUUGGAAGAAAAAUUGAACUAAUGGAAAAGAAAGCUAAUCAAAUCAAAGAUCAGAAGCCCAUUAAAUUUGAAAGCAAGACGAUCAGUAGUAGUAGAAUGAACAGAUCAAUUUUUGAUGUUACCUCUACCAAGGAGCUCAGUAUGGAGGAGAUACACACAGACAUGUUGAAAAAACACCCUUCACUAUUCAAGUCACCAAACUGGAGCGAAAUUUCCCAAUUAUCUACUUUGGAGAUUUAUCAAGCUGAACAAAAGUACCUUAUUGACGAGCUGGUUGGAUCAUUUGACUCUUCAGCAAUGAAACAAUUAUCAGACGUCGUAACAAAGGAUGACUCUUCAAUUUUGAACAAGAGCUGCAUAACAAUAGACGAGAAGAAGAAUAUUCCAAAAAUCAAAAUUCAAACUCCAUCCCUAAAACCAAUGCCACUAUUGCUCCCUCAAGAAAUUUCCUCAGAUGAGAUUCAGCGACUCUAUCCUGACUUUGCGAAAAAUCUACUUAAAUUUUCCAUUCUUUCGAACGAGGAAAAGAAGAGUACGUUGUCUGUUAAGAACAACACAACAGUUGUACCCCCACCAUGUGAAGCUCCAGCCUUAGAUGUAGCACAAGAGUCCUUAUCAAGCAAAGAGGACAUGCAUACUCCUGAAGUUAUAAAACUUGAAGUUGAAAUCCAGACAGACAACACAGAAGAAGCACCAACACCUAGUGUGGCGCACGGUGAAGAAUCCCAAGAGAGGUUGAGUCCUUCGAAAGACAUUCCCUCGUCUAGUAUAGAAACACGUAUUGAAACAUGUGAUGUUGGUUGGAACAAGAAAGAUAACUCAGGUAAAUUAUUUCAGGAUCAAAUUGAUCACAUGGUCGCAAAAGAAAUCAACACCUAUGAAAAAGAGCAAAUUAUUAAGCAGCUAUUGCCAAAAGAAACCAAAGUUUUAAUUCCUCCACUUGAUGGAGCCAAUGAUGAUGGUUAUGAUGGAAUUUCCUUUACCUCCCACUAUCCACAAAGGGUUAAAAAACCUGAGGAACGCAAUAGUCUCAAGAUGCCCAAUGAAUAUAAUCAAGAAAAAAGACCACUGGAUAUAUUAUUCGAAGAGUAUGCCAACACUCUCGUGGAAAGAACGAUCAAACAUAUUGCACAUGGAUUAUUGAGCGAGUUUCUCCAACAAACAUCAAGCAUUAAGAAUAAUCAAGAAGAUCAAGAGGAUAGAAACGUAUUCGAUGAUGAGCAACUAUCUUCAAUCAAGGGAGGAGCUCUAUGUGCAGAAUUAUUUGUGUACUGCAUCGAGAAUGGCAUACCGUUCGACGAUGCAUUAGUUUACAAAGCCACUGAGGAAUUAAUUUGGGAUUUUGUUAAAAAUAAGUUUCCAAUAUUCACGAGUCAUGAUGGUGAAAAAGAAGAGGAAGUGGUUAGCAAUACUAAAAGUAAUGCAAAUGAAACCUUGGAACGUGAAGCAAUAUGUGAAUUGGUUUUAAGGUUAUUAACUUCUUACGCAACUUCGAAUCGCCAUGACAAGGAAAAACAUGUGGAGAGAGAACAUGCUUCUCAAAGUGUAGAAGCAUACAAGGACAUUUCCUCAGUAGAGAAGGAACCUGUUGUUCCAAAAGUGGCUCCCACUGUUGUACCUUUGGAGCCUGUUAAAAAAGUCAUUCUAUAUGGUAUUGAGACUCAAACUGACACUUUUGAACCCCAAAGCGUCAUUCCUCAAUCUAUUCAAACUGAGUUAGAGACACAAACUAUGGAAACACAAACAUUCUUUGAAACAAAGAAAGAAGAAUCGUGUUGUCAAACAAGUGAACUGAAAAGGAGCAUAUCAGAGGCACAAACUGACAAGUUAUUCACACAAACUGUUCAUACAGAGACGGAUACUAAAAAGUUGCUUAUUGAGCCACAUUUUGGUAUUGGAAUUCCUCCAAAGAUUCCAGAUGUCAAGAAUGUCCAGACCUCAUUUUUGCAGCCAAGUAUAAACAAAUCUUCAACAAGCGCAUCCAAUACUUCCCAAUACGAAGAAGAAACAGAAUCAUCAAGUAGCUAUGUCUAUGUUACUGAGACAGAAGAAGAAGAGAACCAAGCUCCAAAACUGCCCAAAACUAAAUUAUUUGCAUCGGUCACAGAAAAUGAUAUUGAAAGAAUGCUUAAACUUCAACUCCUAAAGAGAUCACUAGGUGUCAAGAAGCAUGAAUAUCCUUCUGUGAGGAAGCCAUACCACUCUGAUGACAGUGACACAAGCUUUCUAUCUUCAGAAGACUCAUUUAUUGAAUCAAGUAGAGAAGAAGCAUCAAUUUCUACUUUUUACACAUCAGAAUCUAGCAGAGGACUGGAUGUUGAUCAAGAUUUUUCAUCUACUCAAAACAGUACCUUUGAAGAUUUGAAAGACUAUUGUAAGGAACAUGACUACACCUCCUCGACCACACGUUCAUCUACUUUGACGACGGCUUACGACCAAUUUCACUCCUCAACUGGGUACUUUUCCUCAGUGACAGCCACCACAGACUCUGACCCAUCCUUCUAUUGA